UCUUCACCCGGUCUGUACACACUGUGACUGUUCUCAUGGACGUGUGGGAGACACUACAACAAUAUUAACUAUGGCAAACUUAGCGGUCCAGGACUUGAAAACUUUGGACAUCAGCAAAUUAACGGCACUUUCACCUGAGGUCAUCAGUCGGCAGGCCACAAUCAACAUUGGUACCAUUGGUCAUGUGGCUCAUGGAAAGUCUACAGUUGUCAAAGCAAUCUCGGGAGUCCAGACUGUUAGAUUCAAAAAUGAGCUCGAAAGGAACAUCACUAUUAAAUUAGGUUAUGCCAAUGCCAAAAUCUACAAAUGUGACAAUCCUAAGUGUCCACGGCCUGCGUGCUUUAUCUCUGCCAGUUCCCACAAGGAGGAUACCUUCCCCUGUGGUAGAGCCAACUGCCUAGGAAGGUUCCGGAUAGUGAGACACGUAUCUUUUGUAGAUUGUCCAGGCCACGACAUUUUGAUGGCCACUAUGUUGAACGGUGCCGCUGUAAUGGAUGCUGCACUUUUAUUAAUUGCUGCAAAUGAGACUUGUCCUCAGCCACAAACCUCGGAGCACUUGGCAGCUAUCGAGAUCAUGAAGCUCAAGCAUAUCCUCAUUCUUCAGAACAAAAUUGAUCUCUGUAGAGAGUCACAGCUUCGAGAACAGUACGACCAGAUUCUUAGAUUUAUUCAAGGCACAGUGGCAGAAGGUGCACCAGUUAUCCCCAUUUCUGCACAGCUCAAGUUGAACAUCGAUGUUGUGUGCGAGUACAUCAUGAAGAAGAUUCCUAUCCCAGAUCGUGACUUUAUGACAGAACCGCGACUCAUUGUCAUUAGGUCUUUUGAUGUCAACAAACCUGGGUGUGAGGUUGAAGACCUGAAGGGUGGUGUGGCUGGCGGCUCCAUUUUAAAGGGAGUACUCAAGAUUGGUCAGGAAAUAGAGGUGCGUCCAGGAAUCAUUUCUCGUGACCCAGAAUCUGGCCGUGUCGUUUGUAAGCCAAUCCGAUCCAGAAUCAUAUCCCUCUUUGCCGAGACCAACGAGCUUCAAUUUGCCGUACCUGGUGGUCUUAUUGGUGUGGGCACAAAGAUCGAUCCAACCCUUUGUCGAGCGGAUCGUAUGGUGGGACAGGUGCUGGGAGCUGUGGGUUCUCUUCCUGAGAUCUUCACUGAGCUUGAGAUUUCUUACUUCCUUCUCAGGCGAUUGCUUGGUGUUCGCACAGAAGGUGAUAAGAAAGGGGCUAAGGUUCAAAAACUGACAAAGAAUGAAAUGUUGAUGGUGAAUAUUGGAUCUUUAUCAACUGGUGGACGAGUUUUGGCUGUUAAAGCAGAUUUGGCCAAGAUCACUCUCACACAGCCUGUAUGUACUGAAGAAGGAGAAAAAAUCGCCUUAUCCCGCAGGAUUGAUAAACAUUGGCGUCUAAUUGGUUGGGGUCAAAUCCGACGAGGUGUCACCAUAAAACCUGAGUAACCUGUAAUCACCAAUAAAAGGGGGAUUUGGUUCAAGGAAUAUUUUUGCCUUGCAAAAUUAGGUAAAUUAACAAUUGAAGGUUAAGUAAGUCGAUGUAGGAUAUAUUACUAUUCUAAAGAAAAGAACUAAAGGGCGUAGAUUAUAAAAAUUUUUGGCUUUAUCAUCAUAUUUCAACAGUGCUCUUGUAGCUGAGUCCCUAUAUAUUGACUGGAUUUUAAGAAAUUGUUUAGUGUUUUUUAUAUAAUAUUUUAUAGGGCCUCAGGGAAGAUACACCUAUCCUUGGCAACCAGGUUUUGUCAUGUUCUCAAUUAUUUAAAGAAAUACACUAAGAGAGGAAAACAUCUUUCAGGUUCUGUAUGGUACCUUGUCAUCUAAAUUUCUAAUAAAAUAUUUACAAGUUG